AUCACCAAGGUAAGGCAGGAUACACUCAGCAACUGUUUUGCUACCUAUGUGACAUAUGUAUGAUAUCCCUAUGUGUUACUAUCAGCACAUGGGAAUAGGCACAGGCGUUUAGCAUGUCACCUCCCAAGCCCCUUGUCACUGUGAGUUCUGGAGUUCCCAAUCAAUCAUAGCAUUUCAUAUCCUAUUGACUUUGUGACCAGAAUCUUUUCAGGAGCUUUAGGAAGACAUUUCCAGUAAGCAGCACAUAAGCAUGAGUCUGGCUGCCAAAUGGUGAGAUGGAAAACCAUGUGCUUGAGAAGGUCCCAGCAUGGACAAGUGACACUUCAUGUCCCAUUUCCAUGCCAAAGCAAUAAGGCAGUGCUCCUUCUCACCUUGCAGAUUAGCAGCCCACUUAAAAACAAAACAAAACAAAUACAUAAAAAUGCUAUGGCCGUAAGCAUGUUCUCUAAAUGUUGACUUGCUUGAGGGCUUGCCUCUUGGGGUAGCAACGCUGAGGGGGAAAGAGAGCAUGGUGCUUUUUGCUUUGUGGAUUUCCCUGCAGCAUCCCAAGAACACUUCUGUAUUACUGUCUGUUUGCAAAGUAAUUCACUGCUCACAACAGGUAGAAAACAACACGGGCACAUACGGGCCCUGCUAAAAUAUGUCUAGCACCAGCUCAGUUUUUCUUGGCACAUACACAUUUGGGGCAAAAUGACCACAUGGGAAUGGGACUGAAUGAGACUGUUUGCGGGCUCUGCUGAGGCCGAGGUAGCAGAAACGAGGGCUGCAUAUAACGGGACGAGAUGGGUUUCUACAGCAUUCCCCGGCAGAGGCUGAGCUGCUGCCUGGCAUCCCACGGGAGGGACAUGGAGGGGGAGCUGAAGGCCACGAGGCUUUUUCGCAAGUGGCGACGCAAACGUCUGCUCACGCCUUCGGCGGCUGCCGGGCAAGCAGCCGGGAAGCGGGAAAACGGGAUAUCCUCAACAUUCACAUAAACUGAGCGGGGGAAUCGGCUGAGCUGCUCCCUUCCCCCACAUCCUUCUCCUCCUCUGUCCUGGGGCAGGUAGGGGCCGCUCCAUCCCUACCUGGGCGGGGAAGGCGCCGCUCGUUUCUCCUCCCCCCGCUCCUUGCUCCCGCCCCAUCCUCCUCUUCGGCGUCCCCAGAGGGAGCCCCUGCGCUCCGCGGCCGGGAGGAGAGCGCAGCUAGGCAGAGUCGUCCCGCGGCCGGCCCCAGCCGCUCCGCAACCCCUGCGACAGAAAGAGCGCAGGGAGGAGGAAAGAGGAGGAGGAGGAAGAAGAAGGCAGCAGUCCGCCUGUAGCUGGGCAGGCACGUGUGCGCGCAACCCUCGACGGCCGCCCUCCAGCAUGUUGCGUGGAAGCAGAGCGGCAGCCAGGAGCUGAGCGGGGCGGAGCGGAGCGGAGCGCAGGGCAGAGCAGAGCAGAGCGAGGAGCGGCUUGUUGGAGCUCCGUGCUCCCGUCACGUCCCACGUACACCAUGGGCGUCCGCAGCCCCCUGUCCGCCACCGGGCCCUGCGGAGCCGCUGUCCUGGUGCUGCUGCUGCUGCUGCUGCUGGGGCGCGUCGCGCUCUGUUCCGCCGUGGAGGAGAAGAAAGUCUGUCAAGGUACAAAUAACAAGUUGACCCAGCUGGGGCACGUGGAAGACCAUUUCACCAGCCUGCAGAGAAUGUACAACAACUGUGAAGUGGUGCUGAGUAACCUGGAGAUUACCUAUGUGGAACAUAACCGUGAUCUCUCCUUCCUUAAGACCAUACAGGAGGUUGCAGGCUAUGUGCUCAUUGCACUUAACAUGGUGGACGUUAUUCCCUUAGAAAACCUCCAGAUUAUCCGAGGGAACGUGCUUUACGACAACUCUUUCGCCCUGGCAGUUUUAUCCAAUUACCACAUGAAUAAAACCCAGGGACUUCGAGAGCUGCCAAUGAAACGGUUAUCAGAAAUUCUCAAUGGAGGUGUUAAAAUCAGCAACAACCCCAAACUGUGCAACAUGGACACUGUUCUGUGGAAUGACAUCAUUGAUACAAGCAGGAAGCCUCUCACAGUACUUGACUUUGCAAGCAAUCUUUCUUCUUGUCCAAAAUGCCAUCCGAACUGCACAGAAGACCACUGCUGGGGUGCUGGUGAACAGAACUGCCAGACUUUAACAAAAGUCAUCUGUGCCCAGCAAUGCUCUGGCCGGUGCAGAGGAAAGGUGCCCAGUGACUGCUGCCACAACCAGUGUGCUGCAGGGUGCACGGGACCUCGGGAGAGCGACUGCCUGGCAUGCCGCAAGUUUCGGGAUGAUGCUACCUGCAAGGACACAUGUCCCCCACUGGUCCUCUAUAACCCCACCACCUACCAAAUGGAUGUCAACCCUGAGGGAAAAUACAGCUUUGGAGCCACUUGUGUGAGGGAAUGCCCACACAACUAUGUGGUGACAGAUCAUGGCUCCUGCGUUCGCUCAUGCAAUACUGAUACUUACGAGGUGGAAGAAAACGGCGUUCGAAAGUGUAAAAAAUGUGAUGGGCUGUGCAGCAAAGUGUGCAAUGGCAUUGGAAUAGGUGAACUUAAAGGGAUCCUAUCCAUAAACGCCACAAACAUCGACUCCUUCAAAAAUUGUACAAAGAUCAAUGGGGAUGUCAGCAUUCUUCCUGUUGCGUUUCUAGGGGAUGCCUUCACAAAGACACUACCCCUUGACCCUAAGAAGCUGGAUGUCUUCAGAACAGUCAAAGAAAUAUCAGGAUUUCUGUUAAUUCAGGCCUGGCCUGAUAAUGCUACUGAUCUCUAUGCUUUUGAAAAUCUGGAGAUUAUCCGAGGCCGAACCAAGCAGCAUGGCCAGUAUUCCCUUGCUGUUGUUAACUUGAAAAUACAGUCCUUGGGGCUGCGCUCCCUCAAGGAAAUAAGUGAUGGAGACAUUGCCAUUAUGAAGAACAAGAACCUCUGCUACGCUGACACCAUGAACUGGCGCAGCUUGUUUGCUACUCAGAGUCAAAAAACAAAAAUAAUACAGAACAGAAAUAAAAAUGAUUGUACUGCUGACAGGCAUGUGUGUGACCCGCUGUGCUCGGACGUGGGCUGCUGGGGCCCAGGGCCCUUCCACUGCUUUUCCUGCAGGUUUUUCAGUCGCCAGAAGGAGUGUGUGAAACAGUGCAACAUCCUGCAAGGGGAGCCACGUGAGUUUGAAAGGGACUCCAAAUGCCUCCCCUGCCACUCGGAGUGUCUGGUACAGAACUCCACUGCAUACAACGCAACUUGCACUGGACCUGGCCCGGACCACUGUGUGAAGUGUGCCCAUUUUAUAGAUGGUCCCCACUGUGUGAAGACCUGCCCCGCAGGGGUGCUGGGUGAGAAUGAUACCCUCGUCUGGAAGUAUGCAGAUGCCAAUGCUGUUUGCCAUCUCUGCCAUCCAAACUGUACACGAGGAUGCAAAGGACCAGGUCUUGAAGGAUGUCCAAAUGGCUCCAAAACUCCAUCCAUCGCGGCUGGUGUUGUUGGAGGACUCCUGUGCCUGGUUGUGGUUGGUUUGGGCAUCGGCCUUUACCUGCGGCGCCGUCACAUCGUGCGGAAGCGCACCCUGCGCAGGCUGCUGCAAGAGAGGGAGCUUGUCGAACCACUGACACCCAGUGGGGAGGCACCAAACCAGGCCCACCUAAGAAUUCUAAAGGAAACAGAAUUUAAAAAGGUCAAAGUUUUGGGUUCUGGAGCUUUUGGCACUGUUUAUAAGGGACUUUGGAUCCCAGAAGGGGAAAAGGUUAAAAUUCCUGUUGCUAUUAAAGAAUUGAGAGAGGCUACAUCGCCAAAAGCCAACAAGGAAAUACUUGAUGAAGCCUAUGUGAUGGCUAGUGUUGACAAUCCUCAUGUGUGCCGCUUGCUGGGAAUCUGCCUCACUUCCACUGUGCAGCUCAUCACCCAGCUCAUGCCUUAUGGCUGCCUCCUUGACUACAUCCGAGAGCACAAGGACAACAUUGGCUCCCAGUACCUUCUCAACUGGUGUGUGCAGAUUGCCAAGGGAAUGAACUACCUGGAGGAACGUCGUCUGGUGCACCGUGACCUUGCUGCCAGGAAUGUCCUUGUUAAGACUCCACAACAUGUGAAAAUCACAGACUUUGGGCUGGCAAAGCUGCUUGGGGCAGAUGAGAAGGAGUAUCACGCAGAGGGAGGCAAGGUUCCUAUUAAAUGGAUGGCAUUGGAGUCAAUUUUACACCGAAUUUAUACUCAUCAAAGUGAUGUCUGGAGUUACGGUGUGACAGUUUGGGAGUUGAUGACAUUUGGGUCCAAGCCUUAUGAUGGGAUCCCUGCAAGUGAAAUCUCCUCUGUCUUGGAGAAAGGCGAGCGUCUGCCUCAGCCACCAAUUUGUACUAUUGAUGUGUACAUGAUCAUGGUCAAAUGCUGGAUGAUUGACGCAGACAGCCGUCCCAAGUUUCGUGAGCUGAUUGCAGAGUUCUCCAAAAUGGCUCGAGACCCUCCCCGCUAUCUUGUUAUACAGGGAGAUGAAAGAAUGCACUUGCCCAGCCCUACAGAUUCCAAAUUUUAUCGCACCCUGAUGGAGGAGGAGGACAUGGAAGACAUUGUGGAUGCAGAUGAGUAUCUCGUCCCACACCAGGGCUUUUUCAACAGCCCCUCUACAUCUCGGACUCCUCUCCUGAGUUCAUUGAGCGCUACUAGCAACAAUUCUGCUACAACCUGCAUUGACAGAAAUGGGCAGGGGCACCCUGUGAGGGAAGAUAGCUUUGUCCAGAGGUACAGCUCAGACCCAACAGGUAAUUUCUUGGAGGAGAGCAUAGAUGAUGGCUUCCUGCCUGCUCCGGAGUAUGUAAACCAGCUGAUGCCCAAGAAACCGUCUACUGCUGUGGUUCAGAAUCCAAUCUACAACAACAUCUCUCUCACAGCAAACUCAAAGCUCCCUAUGGACUCAAGCUACCAGAAUUCCCACAGCACAGCUGUGGACAACCCUGAAUAUCUCAACACUAACCAGUCCCCACAGGCCAAAACAGCUUUUGAGAGCUCUCCUUACUGGAUCCAGUCAGGCAAUCAUCAAAUAAAUCUGGACAAUCCUGACUACCAGCAGGACUUUUUACCAAAUGAAACAAAACCUAAUGGUCUCUUGAAAGUUCCUGCAGCAGAAAACCCAGAAUACUUGAGGGUGGCAGCACCAAAAAGUGAAUACAUUGAAGCUUCAGCAUGACCACAGAGGAUUUUUUCUUGCAGUGAGACAAGCCAGACUGGUGAAUCGCCUGGCUGCUGCAAGAGCAAAAACUGUUCAGCAUGAAUGGCAACCACAAUGCAUCAAUAAGCACACUUCAGCACGCAAUCUGAAUCUGCAAAACCAAUCUCACAGGACAGUUUGGGUCUUUUCUUGCCCAUUUCCAUGUAUAGCUGAAGCCCAUACCCUGCACUGAGAUGUGUGUUGAAAUGGAGCGGGACCUUCCUGUACAGAAAAAAUAUGGAUGCAUUCCUUUCAUUUUCAAAUGGUAGCAUGGUAAGAAGCCACUCUGGGAUGAACUUGUGAGCUGUACACUCUGUACAGUCUAAUUUCUUUCUACAAUGUGUAUUUUUAUAAAUGUUUCUAACAGAUUUUUUGGAUCUUUUACAAGAUCAGAUGCUUGUACUGCUUGUCUGUUAGUUGGUGCUCAGAUCACCAGCAGGAAGAAAAACAAUGUUACUAAAUAGUUUUCCAAAGGUCCAGGAACAGAAAUAGUUAUUCCAUACCACAGGAUUUUUACAAAUUGGCUCCACAUACUGCAUCCUGGCAUGAACAGGAAAAGUGCAUCUGGUGGAUGUAUGGGAGAUUCUGUCCAUGGCAGGAUGAAGUAAAUUAUUCUGGGGAAAACCAGCACAAGGAGUGAACAGCAAGACACAUCACCUACUGACCACCGCUGCUAAAAACUGACAGGAGGAAUGCAGCUCACAAUAAUUUGUAGAUUUUUACAGAGCACUCACUCAUCUGUUUUCUGAUGGUAAAACACAAGGUGUUUUCUGAUGUAUUAUGCUGUUGUACAGUUGUCAAAAUGCCUCUCUUCUUAAACAAAACUGUUAAAGAUGUUGCCAUAAGUGAAAAAUUCAGUGUCAAAUAAUGUUUAACAGACUCUAAUUAAAUGUCAAGGAAAUGCAAAUGGUUGUAAAUUGGAGCCUUAAUGAGACAGACAGGAAGACUGAUACUAAAUUAAACUUCAGUAAGGCAAGAAACACAGGUAGCUCUAGCCAAGUAGUCUCUUUUAGAGACUCAGAAAUCUUUUUGCCCACAUUUGGCAAAGAAAAUGGUCAUGCCCAUGUUAGCACUUUCCUCACUUCGAGGCAGAAUAUGGCCAGUAGCUGUAUGAUGCCAGGGAAGAGACUAGGGCUGUUUGCUUCACUGUACCUUUCCGUGUGGGGCGACCUCUCACACCCCAAAAUAACACAGGAGGUCAGUGAGCAUGGGUUCAGAAAAGGAAGAGUAAUCUAGAAUGGUGGAAGAAGUUGCCUACCUCUUAUGAAACACACAGCUUCUCACUGUUUCUUCAAAAUACCCAGCCUAGGCUUCUGUUGUCAGUGUGGAAGAAGCAGACUAGCCAAGGUUAAGAUUUUAACGUAACAGUAUAAAUACUCUUUAUACUGAUAGCAUGUCAGUCACUGGAACCAAACCAGGUACUCUUUCAAGGGCUCCAUGUUACAAAACGUAAAACUCUUCCAGCAAUGAUAUUUCCUUAUGAAGGCAGUAGGACUGAAAUGCCCAAAGUGUGACUUUCCAGCAGCUUGCCAAUUUUAAUCAAACCAUUAGUUCAGAAAUCAAAGGCAUGUUCAUCAAUUUUAGAACAUUGUUUUUACAGAUUUACUGAGGAGUGAAAGAGUGGUCAUGUGAAAUGACCCUUUUUAUAGGUAAUGCAGUGAAAAUGCAUAAACAGCUCCUGUGUGUGCUGUAGUUCAUCAGCUGCCUUUCAGUUUGAGGUAGAAAAGUGUAUUUACUCAAAAUCCAAAGGUUUUCCUGGUCUGCUAUUUCAUAGAUUUGUGUCACUGAGACGUGAGUCCCAGCCAAAGUGCUAUGGGGAAUGCAGUGUCCGACUUUGAUUAUUGCUGGUUUGUGUUUAAAACAGUAACCAAAAUUUAGUUCCCACAUCCAACUAGUGGCAGAUUUCUUUUUGCAUUCCUGAGAGCACAUUUGUUCUGUUGCUCUCAAAAGCAGUGUGAAUGCACAGGCAGUGCUUUUCUGCCCACCCACCAUCCCAAGAGGAAUGUAAAUAAAACCAAAAUGUAUUUUAACAGAAAGCACAGAUAAUUUUCAGUUCACUAAAUCUAUUCUGUCUCCAAGCAGAACACUAGAAAAUCAUACAGUGCAUGUCCUCCCAUAGCAAAUUUACAACAGAAUUACAUGGAAGAAUGUAUUGAUGUUUUAAUCUGUCAUCCAAAACAAGAAAGCCACUAAGAAGGAGCAAUAUCUAUAACCAGUAUUAUGUAGCAUUAAAAUUGUUCAAUAUUGGUUAGUUUACUUGCCCUUCUAAAGCUAUUUAGGAGGAAUUCAGUAGAGACUUAUUACUAGAA